AUUUGGUUUUUAUAAUUGCACUAGUAAAGUGAAAUCUCAAUUUUCAACAUCGUGCUCGUACUACGAGUUCCGGCUUAACCAUCGUUACGUUAAGACGUGUUUGAACACGUUCUUUUUUGGAACACGGAUUUUUUGGAAUUCGUAUCUCGGUAUCUUGAAUGAAAAAACAAUAGAGAUAAAUCUGAGUCCAAGUAAAAUAAUAAGAAGAAUAAGUGCUCGUACUACAAUUAGGUUAGGAAAACUAAAAGAAAAGGAAAAUGUUUCUCAUGUAUUCUGUGGAUGCUAAUGGCAACCGAAUAUACACCUUAAAAAAUUUGCAGAAAAUGGAUUCAAAUGGGAAACCUACAUUAUCAGCACAUCCAGCUCGAUUUUCUCCAGAGGACAAAUAUUCAAGAGAAAGAAUAACAGUGAAAAGAAGAUUCAACCUGCUUUUGACACAAUAUCCCUUACCUGCUUAUUAAAAUGUUUUGUUGCAUCUGUCCUUUGGAGAUUGUUGCACCAUGUAGGUGCAACAAUAUAUAUUAUUUUAUAUAAAUGUGUAUAUAGGAAUAAUAUUUUCUAUAGAUGCAAGAUACAAGAAUUAUAAUAGCUUGGUACUUGUCAUGCACUUAGAUACAAUAAUCUAUACUCAUAUCAACAGAGGUAGCUCAACUUAAACACCCACAACUUCCUAUAGUGAUAAUUAUGUGAAAUAUACAUGCACAGGGUCAUUAUACUGUCAUGAAACUGUAACCAAUACCACAAUUAUAAUUGUCAAAUUGUUUUUGACAGAAAUUUAACAUAAAUUGAAAAGUUUAGAUUAUAUAUGACUUGUCACAUUAUGUUAUAUAUAACAAUAUAUUUUUUAAUAAUAAUAAUAACAUACUUAAAAGUGGAUUCAUACAAUAUUAUUAUGUAGCAUGAAUAAAAUAGUAUUCCUUGUAUACAUCAAAUUUUACUACA